AAAGUUUAGGUGAGAAGCUCUCUAAAAUUGGGAGAAGGCCUUGGAGGGUGGUGGUGGAGAGGAGUCCAACCACUAGUUCUUUUAAGGCAUAUUGGAGAACAUAUAAAGCCAGCUCUAUACACCCAAGAUAUUGACGAGUAUUUUCAUGAGACUAGCAAUGGCCGCUCCAUCCUCCUCCUCCUUCUGCUUCAUCAUCCUCGCUUUCGCUUUACUGCAUGUUCCUGCUUUUGCCUUUACCACGGAGGAGCUGGAAGAAGUUCCGUUCAGUUACACGGGACAAAUGGGACCAGCCAACUGGGGAAAGUUGCAUCCGCAAUUCCAAGAAUGCGUAGUUGGGAAAUCGCAGUCUCCAGUUGACAUAAUCACCAACCAAACUGAGCUUAAUCCAAAUUUGAAACCCUUAUCCAGAAAUUAUCGUCCUGGAAAAUCCACUUUGGUUAACAAUGGCUUCAACGUUGGGGUGCGCUUUGACGAAGACGUGGGAGUGUUGUUAGUAGAUGGUAAGAACUACAGCUUGAAGCAAAUGCACUGGCACUCUCCUUCUGAGCACCGUAUUGAUGGACUCCAGUAUCCAGCAGAGCUGCAUCUAGUCCACAGAACUGAUGAUGGAAACAUAGCAGUUGUGGGCAUCCUCUACCAAUAUGGUGAUGCUGAUCCCCUCCUCUCCAAGUUGAAGAAUAAGUUAGAUGAGCUGGCCAAGGAUGUUUGUGCAAGCAAUGAGCAAUCUCAAGUUUCUCUAGGGACGAUGGACACUAAGCUCAUCAGGCGAAACACCCGCAGGUAUUACAGAUACAUGGGUUCUCUCACUACUCCUCCCUGCUCCGAGAAAGUUGCAUGGCACAUCCUGGGCAAGAUCAGAGAUAUAUCCAAGGACCAGGUUGCUGCUCUAAAGGCUCCUUUGAAUUCCGAUUGCAAGGACAACUCACGCCCUCUCCAGCCUCUCAAUGGCCGACGCAUUCAGCUUUAUGAUGAGACUCCAGAUGGCAAUGCUUUCUAAUCUAAUCUCCAAUUCACCGUCUUAGUAGCAAGGAUUGGCUCUGUGUUUUUCCAUCUUCCAUGUAUGAAGUUGUCUCUUGAUCUACUAAAAUGUAGACCUUCUGUAUUUCAUCAUCAUCACCAUCAAAUAUAUUCCAAACAUGAUAAUAAUUUCUUUCAA